AACGAUAAAGAUGAACCAAUUAUUCAGUUCCUGUUGUUUGCAUAUCAGACAAGAGUUUAUCCAAUCAGACCUUGUGUCAAUGGCAGACUUGGGAUUUCAAACAAGCGGUUCUGCAGACAUGGAUGUGGUGAUCAGACACAAACACCUAUGUCACAGUGAAGAACAGUUCACUAUGAAAAGACAGAUCAUAGUGCAGAACACACUGGAGAGACAUGACAUUCACGUUCCUGAUGUGAAAAACGUCCCUCGUGUGGCACUGUUGGGUUCCGGUGGUGGACAAAGAGCCCACACCAGCUUCCUAGGUGUUAUACAGCAGUUGUAUAAGGAAGAACUCCUGGAUGGCUUCCACUAUGUGGCUGGAGUGUCUGGAUCCACAUGGUCUAUGUCCUCAUUGUACCAAAACCCCACAUGGUCACAGGAUGCAGUAAAGGUUACAGAGGAAGCAUUGUUGAACAUGUCUAAGGGGACGGGUCCGACACUUCUCGAGGCCGUGAAAUGGUUCAUGGAGAGAGAAAAGCAUGGGAAUUUCUCCCUCUCCGAUGUCUGGGGUGCGAUUACUUGCAGAAUCAAGGGUGUACCUUUGGAGACUAGGACUUUGACAGAGGACAAACAUGGAGCCAAUCCGUACCCUCUCUACAGCACAGUUGAAAGGCAUUGCUUUGACUGCAAAAAAACAAAAGAAAUGUGGUUUGAGUUCAGUCCCCACGAGUCUGGAUUCCUACAGCAUGGGGCUUAUGUGGAUACAUCACUGCUGAACAACAACUUUGAUGGGGGGCAUGUGAAACCUUCCCAUAAGAAGCCAGUGAACAUGGUUCAACUGCAAGGAAUGUGUGGAUGUGCUAUGGGAGAUUUUGCCCAAAUCGUAAAAACUAUAGAAGAUAUUCUCUGGAACUGGGGUAUGUUACCUCACCAUUUUAACACUUCUAUCUUCGGCACAAUACUGUAA